AUGGAAGCAUCAAAUUUUGCCUGUUUCUUUGACAUUGAUGGUGUUAUUACAAAAGGUCCAAAUUUCAUAACAGCUGCUAAACCAGCAAUUCAAACAUUGAUUCAGCUCAAUGUACCUGUUGUAUUUGUUUCAAAUACAUGUAUGCUCGAAUCGGAUAAAGCUAAACAAUUAUCAGCUGUACUUGGAGUAACUAUUCAUCCUGAACAAGUUGUUCUUGCUCAAACACCAAUGCGUACAUUAACUGAUUUUCAUAAUAAACAUGUACUUGUUUCUGGACAAGGUCAAGCUGAAGACAUUGCUCGAAUGAUCGGUUUUAAAAGUAUAACAACAAUUGAAAAAGUUUGUGAAGCAUUUCCAGAAUUAGAUAUGGUUAAUCAUAUGAAUCGGGUUAGAUUAAGUGAAAUGAUUAGUACUCAAGGUCUUGUUCAUGAUGAGAAUUUUCGUCCUAUUGAAGCUAUUGUUUUACUUGGUGAACCCAUUCAAUGGGAAAGAUCAUUACAAGUUAUUAUUGAUCUUCUUUUAACUGAUGGUAAUCCUGCUAUUAUACCAGAUGAUUCAAAUACUAAACACGAUCAUAUACCUAUUAUUGCUUGUAACAGAGAUCUUGUAUUUAAAGCUGCUGCAGAUUUACCACGUUUUGGUCAUGGUGCUUUUCUUACAUGUUUAGAAACAUUAUAUAAAGAAUCAUCGAAAAUACUUAUAAAUGAAAGAAAAUCACGAGAAAUCGUUAGAGAUCACCAAGAAUAUUGGCAAUUACUUAAAAUCAAUAAAAAUCAAUAA